UUCUCUCUUUCCUGGCUGCAUUACUCCCUCUUUCCCCCUCUCUCUCGCCAUCAGGAACCGAAGAUCCUCAGGGAAACCAGCCAUGAAAAACGGACAGAGGUCACAAGCGGACACGACAGGAAAGUGUCUCUGGACUUGACAAGAUGAGGCACGUUUUUACCCAAAGGGUGGUAGGAGCCUGGAACAGGCCAUGACGCCACAUUGCUGAAGGGAUGUCUGAGGUGCCUUCUCGGUCCUCCGACAAACUGCUCGACUACGGCCGGAUGUACCGCCUGGAGCGCAGGCUCGAGACCUUCAAAGACUGGCCCUUCCUGGAGGACUGCAAGUGCACGCCGGAGCGGAUGGCGCUGGCUGGGUUUGUCCACUGUCCCAGCGAGAGUGAGCCAGACGUGGCCUGUUGCUUCUUCUGCCUGAAGGAGCUGGAGGGCUGGGAGCCUGAUGAUGACCCCUGGUAUGAGCACGCUAAACGCUCUCCUCACUGUGGCUUCCUGAACAUGAAGAAGGACUUUGACACCCUGCUGGCCACCGAGUUCUUCAAACUGGAGCAGCAGCGCCUGUGCAUCUACAUUAGAAAAAUAGGUGGACAAAAGAUUGCCCAGUUCCGGGAGGAGGUGGAGCAGACCCGCAGGAACCUGCAGACCCUGUUCAGUAUUGCCCAGUACAAGGACCACAGCCAGCCUUCUCCCCCCUAAAGCCAGAACUGAGCAUGGCAUCUUCCAUCUAGAGUCUACGGAAGACAUAAGAUUUUAUGCCUCUUUAUGCAACAGUUGUUACUUUUAGCAUCCCAAUAAAUGUUAUUAACUGCA